ACUGUAAAGCAAGGAGGCAGUUCCCAGAUGGCCAGGAAAAACCAGUGUGUGUCUGGGGUCACUGUGCAACUGGAGAUGAGGAAUCUGUGGGAGGAAUUCAACAGUCUAGGCACUGAGAUGAUUGUCACCAAGGCAGGGCGGAGAAUGUUUCCCACUUUCCAAGUGAAGAUAUCAGGCAUGGACCCCUUGGCUGACUAUGUGCUACUCAUGGACUUCGUGCCUUUGGAUGACAAGAGAUAUCGAUACGCCUUCCAUAACUCUGCCUGGCUGGUAGCAGGCAAGGCUGACCCUGCUACACCUGGACGGGUUCACUUUCAUCCUGAUUCCCCUGCCAAGGGAGGCCAGUGGAUGAGGCAGAUUGUCUCCUUUGACAAGCUCAAACUCACCAACAACUUGAUGGAUGACAAUGGCCACAUCAUCCUCAAUUCCAUGCAUAGAUACCAGCCACGUUUCCAUGUGGUGGUGGUAGAUCCACGUCCAGAUAGCGAGCGUUACGCCCAGGAGAAUUUCAAAUCCUUCAUUUUCACUGAGACUCAGUUCAUAGCAGUGACAGCCUAUCAGAACCAUCGGAUCACACAACUGAAAAUUGCUAGUAAUCCCUUCGCAAAAGGAUUCCGGGAAUGUGAACCAGAUGACUGGCCAGGGUCACCGGGACAACUACUAGGCUGCUUAUCCCGCAAUAGUGGGGCAGCUCCCUCCGUUCAGAUUCAGAAGACUCCAGAGAAAGGGUUUGCCAAUAAUCAUCUCCCUCCUCCCCUCCUCGGAGAAGCUUCCCAUCUCCAUCACCCAUCACUGGUGACGCCUGCCAGCCUCCCUGAUGUAUGCAUUGCUCGCCGACCCUUAAACGAAUCAUCAGCGACCUUGCCCUACAAGCACCUCUCCUAUCACAGCAUUUAUGUGGGAGCUAGGGCCCGGGCAACACCAUAUACGCUCCCAAGCAGUCGGGCUGCUAGCUUCCAUGCUGUCAACAUCUACACUGCUGGUGGCUAUGAACAGUGAAGGACAGAGACAUAAGAAGAUGCCCAGGGUGUUAUCCACUUCUGCCUCCUGGACAAAUAGUCUAUCCCAGAGUGAUCCCUUCCUUUCCACAAUGUAUGAAGGUCAUUGCACUAUCUGCAAAAGAGGAUUGACUACCCCACAGCUGAACUCCCCAUGGAUAGCACCAUCAGCCCAAACUGGCACUGGACUCCCCUCACGAUCAGCUUUAUAAAUAUCUCUUAUGUGCUCAGUAAAUGGACAUUAAAUGUGGUGGUAAGGGCCCACAGCAGUGUCUCUUAUUUCAGAAGUGAAGGAAAAUCCAACCUGAGGACAGGUGAGCAGGGGCUGUGCUGUACUGAGGUACAGGCCUCCAGUUUCUCCCCACCCAAACACACUACUGUUCUUAUUCUCUGUGGAAUGCUUCAGUGAAUCAGAAAGUACCAAGUACUACAGGUCAAAAUGUAAGUUAUUUAGUCAUAAUAAUGUUUCUUAAAACAACAAAUGUGCAGUCUCCGAUAUCAAUAUCACAAAAGCUUAUGCUGGAAUAAAUAAGAAUGAACAGCAUGCCAAUGAAAAAGUAUGUCGCAUGAGAAUAAAGACAUCUUCAAAUGAAAAUAAAAAUAU